AUGAGUCGCCAGUUCCCUCACUCUAGUGCCCCCUUGAAAUCCAUUAAGGAAGUGCAGUUUGGUCUUGCGUCUCCAGAGGAGAUCCGAGCAAUUAGUGUCGCCAAGAUUGUCUAUCCAGAAACAUUUGACCAAUCAACAAAACGACCUAAGGAAGGUGGGCUAAAUGAUCCAAGACUUGGCUCUAUCGACAGGAAUUAUCGUUGUCAAACAUGUGGCGAAGACAUGUCUGAAUGUCCUGGUCAUUUUGGCCAUAUCGAGUUGACACGGCCCGUGUUCCAUAUUGGGUUUAUUGCAAAGAUCAAGAAAGUUUUGGAAAGUAUAUGUUUCCAUUGCGGCAAACUACUUGUUGACGAGCAAAACCCAUUGAUGGCACAAGUAAUCAAAAUUAGAGAUCCCAAGAAGAGGUUCAAUGCCGUUUGGGGUCUUUGUAAAACCAAGAUGAUCUGUGAGACUAGUGAAACGGAAGGGGUACGUGGCGGUUGUGGUCACACUCAGCCCACAAUACGAAGAGAUGGGUUGAAACUUUGGGGAACAUGGAAAAGCAAUAAAAAUUUCGAAGAAAACGAUCAACCGGAACGGCGUUUGUUGACCCCAACCGAAAUUCUCAAUAUCUUCAAACACAUUAGCUCCGAGGAUUGCUAUAGAUUGGGUUUCAAUGAGGAUUACGCGAGACCAGAGUGGAUGUUAAUUACCGUGUUACCGGUUCCACCUCCUCCAGUAAGACCAAGUAUUGCUUUUAACGAUACCGCAAGGGGAGAAGAUGACUUGACGUUCAAGUUGGCAGAUGUGAUAAAGGCAAAUAUGAAUGUGCAAAGGUUGGAGAUGGACGGGUCUCCGCAACAUGUAAUUAGUGAGUUUGAAGCGUUGCUUCAGUUUCAUGUGGCUACUUAUAUGGAUAACGAUAUUGCAGGACAGCCCCAGGCAUUGCAAAAAACAGGACGUCCUAUCAAAUCUAUAAGAGCACGUUUGAAAGGUAAAGAAGGUAGAUUGAGAGGUAAUUUAAUGGGGAAAAGAGUUGAUUUUUCAGCACGUACCGUUAUUUCUGGUGACCCCAACUUGGACUUGGAUCAAGUUGGUGUUCCUAUAUCGAUUGCAAAAACUUUGACAUAUCCAGAAAUUGUAACUCCGUAUAAUAUUCACAAAUUAACCGAAUUGGUGAGAAACGGUCCCAGUGAACAUCCCGGUGCCAAGUAUGUUAUCAGAGAUACAGGUGACCGUAUUGAUUUGAGGUAUAACAAAAGAGCAGGUGAUAUCGCCUUGCAGUAUGGUUGGAAGGUAGAACGUCAUCUUAUGGACAAUGAUCCAGUGUUGUUCAACCGUCAACCUUCGUUGCACAAGAUGUCUAUGAUGGCACAUAGAGUGAAAGUGAUGCCAUACUCUACUUUUAGGUUGAACUUAUCAGUCACAUCGCCUUAUAAUGCUGAUUUUGAUGGAGAUGAAAUGAAUUUACAUGUUCCACAAUCACCAGAAACUAGGUCAGAACUUUCGCAAAUUUGUGCUGUGCCAUUACAAAUUGUUUCUCCGCAAUCCAACAAACCCGUUAUGGGAAUUGUUCAAGAUACAUUGUGUGGUAUUCGUAAGAUGACCUUGCGUGAUAUAUUUAUUGAAUUUGACCAGGUUAUGAAUAUGUGCUAUUGGAUUCCAAAUUGGGAUGGAGUUAUUCCACCUCCUGCAAUUGUGAAACCUAAGCCAUUAUGGUCUGGUAAGCAAAUGCUUUCGUUAGCUAUUCCCAAGGGUAUCCAUUUGCAACGAUUCGAUGGAGGAAGAGACUUGCUAAGUCCCAAGGAUACUGGAAUGUUGAUUGUUGAUGGUGAGAUUAUGUUUGGUGUUGUUGACAAAAAGACAGUUGGUGCGACUGGUGGUGGUUUGAUACACACAGUUAUGAGAGAGAAGGGUCCAGCGGUUUGUGCUCAAUUGUUUAGCUCUAUACAAAAAGUUGUGAAUUUUUGGCUAUUACACAAUGGAUUCAGUAUUGGUAUAGGUGACACGAUUGCUGAUUCCGCAACAAUGAAGGAUAUCACAAAGACCAUUCAAGAAGCAAAAUUAAAGGUGCAAGAAAUCAUUAUGGAUGCUCAACAUAACACAUUGGAGCCAGAACCAGGUAUGACUUUGAGAGAGUCUUUUGAGCACAAUGUGUCUCGAGUUUUGAAUCAAGCGCGUGAUACCGCUGGUCGUUCUGCAGAGAUGAGUUUGAAAGAUUUAAAUAACGUGAAACAAAUGGUUACCUCAGGAUCCAAAGGUUCUUUUAUUAACAUUUCACAAAUGAGUGCUUGUGUGGGCCAACAAAUUGUUGAAGGUAAGAGAAUUCCAUUUGGAUUUGCCGACCGUUCUUUGCCACAUUUUACCAAGGAUGAUUAUUCACCGGAAUCAAAAGGAUUUGUUGAAAAUUCGUAUUUAAGAGGUUUAACUCCACAAGAGUUUUUUUUCCAUGCAAUGGCUGGUAGAGAAGGUCUUAUCGAUACUGCGGUUAAAACUGCUGAAACCGGUUAUAUCCAACGUCGUUUGGUUAAAGCGUUGGAGGACAUAAUGGUGCAUUAUGACGGAACCACAAGAAAUUCCUUAGGAGAUAUUAUUCAGUUUAUAUACGGAGAAGAUGGUAUUGAUGCUACACAAGUUGAAAAACAAUCAAUUGAUACCAUCCCCGGAUCGAAUGAGAGCUUUGAGAGAAGAUACAAAAUUGACGUUUUGGAAGAAGCCACCACCAUUCCAGAAUCCUUGUUGGAGUCCGCUAAGGAGAUUCAAGGUGAUGUGGAAUUACAAAAGUUACUUGAUGAAGAGUACCAACAAUUACUCGAGGAUCGUAAGUACUUGAGAGAAGUGUGCUUCCCCAACGGUGACUUUAGUUGGCCAUUGCCGGUGAAUUUGCGUCGUAUUAUUCAAAAUGCUCAACAAAUUUUCCAUAGUGGUCGUGAUAAGCCUUCAGAUUUGAGAUUGGACGAGAUUAUAAUGAGUGUCAGAGAGUUGUGCACAAAGUUAUUGGUAGUCAGAGGUAAUACCCCAUUGGCAAAAGAGGCUCAAGAUAAUGCUACUCUAUUAUUCCAGUGUUUGCUUAGGUCCAGAUUAGCUUCAAGAAGAGUUAUUGAAGAAUUCAAGUUGAGCAAAGCUUCAUUUGAGUGGGCGUUGGGUGAGAUUGAAACACAAUUUCAAAAGUCUGUUGUGCAUCCCGGUGAAAUGGUGGGUGUUGUUGCUGCUCAAUCCAUUGGGGAACCAGCAACACAAAUGACGUUGAACACUUUCCAUUAUGCCGGUGUGUCAUCCAAGAAUGUUACUUUGGGUGUUCCUAGAUUAAAGGAGAUUUUGAAUGUGGCAAAGAAUAUCAAGACACCUGCAUUGACUGUGUAUUUGGAUCCAGAAGUUGCUUCUGAUAUCGAGCUGGCUAAGAUUGUUCAAUCGUCAAUAGAGCACACUACAUUGAAGAAUGUUACCUCUUCGACCGAGAUUUACUAUGAUCCGGAUCCUAGAACUACCGUUAUUGAAGAAGAUUAUGACACGGUGGAAGCUUACUUUGCCAUUCCCGAUCAGAAGGUUGAGGAAAGUAUAGGCAAGCAAUCGCCUUGGUUAUUAAGAUUGGAACUUGAUCGUGCCAAGAUGUUGGACAAACAAUUAACAAUGGCUCAAGUUGCAGAAAAAAUUUCUCAAAACUUUGGCGAGGAUUUGUUUGUUAUAUGGUCGGAUGAUACAGCUGACAAGUUGAUUAUACGUUGUCGUGUGGUGAGAGAUCCUAAGUCGUUGGAUGAAGAUGCGGAUGCCGAGGAAGAUCAAAUUUUGAAACGUAUUGAAGCGCACAUGUUGGAGUCGAUUUCAUUGAGGGGUAUUCCAGGUAUUACUAGGGUAUUCAUGAUGCAGCAUAAAGUAAGUCAUCCGGAUGCCACGGGUGAGUUUAAGCAAGGAAAAGAGUGGGUCUUGGAAACCGAUGGUGUCAAUUUGGCAGACGUUAUGGCAGUGCCUGGGGUUGAUGCUGCUCGAACCUAUUCGAAUGACUUUAUUGAAAUUUUAUCGGUAUUAGGUAUUGAGGCCACCAGAUCGGCAUUGUAUAAGGAGAUUUUGAAUGUUAUCGCGUUUGAUGGUUCUUAUGUGAAUUACCGUCAUAUGGCAUUGUUGGUUGAUGUGAUGACAUCACGUGGUCAUUUGAUGGCUAUCACGCGUCAUGGUAUUAAUAGGUCUGAUACAGGUGCAUUAAUGCGCUGUUCUUUCGAAGAAACAGUUGAGAUUCUAUUGGACGCUGCUGCGUCAGCAGAGUUGGAUGAUUGUAAAGGUAUAUCAGAGAAUGUGAUGUUGGGUCAAAUGGCUCCACUUGGUACAGGUUCUUUUGAUGUAAUGGUUGACGACAAGAUGUUGCAGCAAGCACCUGCCAAUGUAGCCUUUGAAGAAAUCGCCGAUGAAGGAGGCGCUACGCCGUAUAGAGAUAUUGAGAUGGAAGAUGAUCAAAUUGUUUUGGAUGAAGGUGCUGGAUUUUCGCCAAUUCAUAAUCCAGCGACAGAUAGCAUGAAUGGUGGAUUAACGUCAUAUGGUGGCCAACCUACCUCACCGGGAGUUACUUCGCCAUUUAGUUAUUCGACUUCACCAGGAUAUGGAGGUACUAGUCCAGGAUAUGGAGGUACUAGUCCCGGCUAUGGAUACGCUCCAACGUCUCCUAGUUACUCACCUACAUCUCCAAGCUACUCACCUACAUCGCCAAGCUACUCACCUACAUCACCAAGCUACUCACCUACAUCGCCAAGCUACUCACCUACAUCGCCAAGCUACUCACCUACAUCACCAAGCUACUCACCUACAUCGCCAAGCUACUCACCUACAUCUCCUAGUUACUCACCUACAUCGCCAAGCUACUCACCUACAUCUCCAAGCUACUCGCCUACAUCUCCAAGUUACUCACCUACAUCUCCUAGUUACUCGCCUACAUCUCCAAGCUACUCACCUACAUCGCCAAGCUACUCACCUACAUCGCCAAGCUACUCACCUACAUCUCCUAGUUACUCACCUACAUCGCCAAGCUACUCACCUACAUCCCCAUCAUAUUCACCUACAUCCCCACAAUAUUCACCUACAUCCCCAUCAUAUUCACCUACAUCUCCAUCAUAUUCACCUACAUCCCCAUCAUAUUCACCUACAUCACCACAAUACUCGCCUACAUCACCGCAGUACUCACCAACGUCUCCUAAUUACUCUCCAAGAUCACCUGAGUAUAAACCGAAAUCCCCAUCUAAAAAAGAAGACGAAUAG